AUGGAAAGGGACGAGCUGGCGGACCAGAUCGAGCGCCUCGAGUGGCAGAUCGCGCACAGCGACGACCUGAGCCUGGACAGCAGUGCUCCCCUCAUCCCCGCCGCCAACGGCAACGGAAACGGCAACGGCAACGGCAACGGCAACGGUGCCGCAACGCACGAGCGGCGGCUCCACCAUCAGAGCCCCGAGGAGCAGCAGCAGCAGCAGCACUCCCAGCCCGACGCCGGGCAGCACCACCCCGACGCGCGCCGCGCGGCGCUGGAGGCGCUGCGGCAGCGGCGCGCGGCGGUGAAGGGGCAGCACACCGCGCUGCUGCGGGCGUACCACGAGGCGUUCCACCCCGUGUGGGGGCGGCUGCUCAAGACCGGCUACCAGAACUCACGAUACGCACACCAGGUGGGCGGUGUCAGGGUGGAGUCGUUCGUCUGCUUUGGCAUGACUCAAUGA